UCACGGUCAAUGUUUUGGCCUGUUCUUCAGGAAGUGGACGACUUUGAGGAAUUUCCUGUUUGCUUUAAGUUUUAAGACUAAUGGGUCACACAGAGAGAGUUUUUCCAGAUUCAGGAAUCAUGACCGAGGGCACGGGGACAGCAGCUGACUACGGUGACUACUAUAACUAUGUAGCAUCAAAUUUAUCAUGCAGUGAUGGCAGCACAACGGUCUUCGGUGGGGUUGUCCUGGCCAUCCUGUACAGCACAGUUUUCAUCGUUGGUUUGCUGGGAAACGCUGUGGUCCUGUGUGUGCUGAUCAGACACCGUCACAGAUGCAGUCUGACAGACGUGUGUCUCCUCAGUCUGGCCGUGUCUGACCUGCUCUUUCUCGCCUCACUCCCGGUUUGGGCUCACAGUGCUGUGCACGAAUGGGUUCUUGGCUCAUUCAUGUGUCACAUCAUAACCGCUCUCUUCAUGAUGGGUCUGUACAGCAGCGUCUUCUUCAUGGUCCUCAUGACACUGGAUCGCUACGUCAUCAUCGUCUACAAACACAGCAUCUGUUCCAGAAAACAGCCUGCAAAAAUGGCUCUGAGUUUAUUUGUAUGGAUGCUCAGCCUGUUUGCGUCCCUUCCUGAUAUUGUUUUUGCCAAAGUGAAAGUGGACACAAGCACCAAAGCAUCCUGCGGAUCUGAAUUUCCUGAAGGUGCAGCCUGGAUGUCGUUUACGUACCUGAACGUCCUGAGCUUGAUUCUGCCUCUGAUCAUCAUGAGCUUCUGCUUUUGCCGGAUCCUCAGCAGUAAAUCAGAAGAAAAGCACAGCAUCGUCACACUCCUGCUGGCUGUGCUGGCCGUUAAUUUCCUCUUCUGGACUCCAUACAACAUCGUCACGUUCCUCAGGUUCCUGCAGACGAAGCACUUCAUGGUUUCUUGUGAGUGGUCUAAUGGUCUGAGUCUUGCCAAGCAGUGGGUGGAAGCGAUCGCAUUAAGCCACUGCUGUCUCAAUCCCAUCAUCUACAGCUGUGUGGGACAGAAGUUUAGAAGAGCAGUGCUCACGGUCCUGAAGAACUCUCCACAGUCACCUGAGAGCGCAUCUUCUGAGUAUUCCUCCUCACUGAUCACAUAGAGACCAAACCCUGUCCUCCAGAGAGAGACUCAUACUCUUUCAGAAGCAGAAGUUCAGUCUCUUAUAUUGCAUGCCCAUCGCUCAUAUUUUAGAUUUGCAAAUGAUACACAUAAUAGUUCUGAAAGGAAUGAUUUCAUCAGCAUUUUUACAUAAACUCAAAGUGUAAAAAAAAAAUUGUUUUAAAGAAAUACAUUAAGCCUAUAUUCUGAAUAUUGCUUUUAAGAUUUUUAUUCUAAAGCUGAGUUUAAUCAAAUAAAUGAGUCAUUAAAAGCCAUUGUCCUGGUGAUUUUACUCUCUCAGAAGAAGGAAAGCUUAGAGAAGCUCUCACUGGGAUGGUAAGCGAACACCGUCCUUUCAAGUGUACAUAUUAGUAUGUGUGUACCUUUGUUUUAUGUUCAGAUUAAUAUGCAGGUGAAAAACAACUCUUUCUCUGUUACAUUACCUCAAAACUAUUGAUAGAUUGGCAAACCCUUGAGAUUUUAUAUGACAACAUCAUAUGAACACAUUGUCCUUUCUGCCUCAUUUUUAAAGUAAGAGCGAUGCAGUCAUUUGUAACUAGUGCAUUCAAGGCUUCUUGUGUCAUUCACUUCUAGUUAUUUUAGAUGUAAAAAACUGUAUGUUAUGCUGCUUGAUAUUGAAAACGUAUUGGUUAUCAGAUUAUUUCAAGGGUUAUAUAAUGUGAUAUAAUCAUAAGCACUGGUUUGUGGCUCAAAUAGU